AAGUGGCGAGACCUAGUGUCUCUGCUUCAGGCUCACGUGGAACUUUCAGUUGUCGAAGAUGGCGAUUGCUAACAGGAAAGCCAAAAGAUGACGAAGUUUUGAGCCACAAACCACGUGCAGCUACGGCCAGCUCUCGAAUAGUGGAGCGGCCAACGACGGCUGCAGUGGAUUCCAAGAACUGGGCCACUGCAGCGACACCUUUUGCAGCCUUUCUGCCGAGAGAUACCAUCGUUCCAAUUACUUCUCGUAAAUCUGUGGCUGCUGCUGUCUUGACCUCGACGCACCCACAGGAAAAAUGUAAGGAAUUUGAUCGUGAAAUGGCCAUAUGUGAACGCAAACACGUUAAGGCGAUGGGGAGAAUGACGACGAGAAUUUAUCGUAAAGGAGAAGAACACUCCGAAUCAGUUAGAAGUCAGAAAACCCGAGAAAAGAAGACGAUAAAGGACCAGAUCUACCUGCCAGUUUUGUGCCAGACACGAACGGAUGAGCCUCGAGAUUUAUCGCCUCGUAUAUCCAAGCUGCUAUACUCGUCAUCUCAACAACACACGUCUCAACACGCCACUCUUAACAGCAUCCCAAUACCAGAUUCUUUAGCAGGAAUGAAGCUUCUAUCAUCUCAGUUCGACGAACUUCGAGCUAGUCUCGAGAAUUCAUCGAAAACGAAAAGAUUGUCAGAAAAUUUAUGGUACCCGACGCCACGACACCCAGCUAAGCUACAAUCUCAAGACACUGCUAGCAGCUCCAGCAGUAUAGAAACGCUUUUACUUCGGGUAUUAGAUCGACCAUUAGCAAUUUUGGACGGAUACCAGGCUGAUCACGAGGAAAACUCG